AACACUCGAAAAGUGACCACAUCCUUGUAAGGUGACCUACAGCUAGUGCGGUUACAAAAUGAUUAAACUUCUGUUGUUUUUAGUGGUUGUUUUUUCUGUUGUCGUAUUUUUAUAGGAUGUUACACGAGCAAGACUCUGAGUUUCAAUUCAAUAUGUUGCGCAGAUGGUUAAAUUAUUUUAUAGGAUUAAUAGUUAUUAUAAGUUAUGGAGAUAUUGAGUGUGGCACAGUCAUAACAAAAGUACAACCGUCAGAGCAGGAGUGCGAGUUCCCGCCGAAAUUCGAGGAAGAUCUCUCGCACCUGCGGCGCAAGCGGCUCACCACCGAGAACGGGCUCGUGUGUCUCGAGGACUACCCCUACACCGUCUCCGUCAGACUGCACAGUAAGCACUGGUGCGGCGGCGCGCUCGUCGGCAAGGAGUGGGUGCUCACCGCGGCGCAGUGCUUCGAUUAUGUCACCAAAGACGAGGUGACAGUGCGGACCGCGUCCGUGUUCCGCGACUUCGGCGGCAAGAUCUACGCCGUGCUCGAGAUCGCGCGCCACCCCGACUACAGGAUCGACCAGUACUACCCCGAGCACAACCUGGCGCUCAUCAAGCUGAACAUGCCGGUGUCGCUGGGCAGCCGCGUGCAGCCCGUGGCGCUCGCCGCGCCGUCCGCCGAGGGCCCGCCCUCCUACGGACACGUCGUCGUCACGGGAUACGGCUCCAUCUCGGGGCAGAUCCGCGAGGGCCAGAACCAGGAGCUGCGGCGGAUGAUCGUGCAGGACGUGCCGCGCGCCUCGUGCCGCCUGCUCUACGGCAACGGCUACCGGCUGCAGUCCGACCACAUGUGUCUGCAGAGCACCGUCAAGGGCAUCGCUCUGUGCGCUGGCGACACGGGCGACCCGGCCGUGCACUUCAGCGGCGCGGCGAAGAGCGGCACGCUGUACGGCGUCGCGCUCUUCUCCGGCACCGAGGAGUGCACCUACAAGUCCAAGCCCGGCGUCUACGCCAAGAUAUCUCACAGCCGCGUGUGGCUGGACUCGGUGCUGAAGGCGAUCCCGGUGAGCUCGGUGCCUGCCGACAGCGCCGACAGCAGCGACAACGUCAUCAUGCACGACAGCGAAUAAACCAAUACAAUCA